AUGGACCACUUCACACGCACUGAGUUGCUUCAGGUUUUGAGCUCCAUCGGGGUCGAGCUUCCCAAAAACACCAAGCUGCCCGACAACGAGCUCUCGAAACGUCUUCGUGAUGCCCUCAAUCUCGCACAGGAGAAGGACACCCUCCCACCCACUUUCGACGUCGAAAAGAUGAAGAAGUGGCCCCUCUUCGACCAACCCUCGUCCAAAGAGAACUCCGCGGGUGCGCGCAAGAGCAAACAGUCUCUCCUCGAGGCCAUGAAAAGGAGCAACUUGGGCGAAGCGUUCCAGAAUGCCCUCACCGGGAACAAGGCUCAGCCCGAUCUUUACAAGGAUGUCUUCACGGACCUACGCCAGACGGUCAUGAAUGUCGCAAACAACCUCGACGCCGGUCACAAGGCGUUCAUCCUCCACGACCCGAAGCAGCAGCAGUGUGCGGUAAACGUAAGGAUCGUCUCUGUUGUGUACGCCACAGAGAGCGCCCCGGCCAUAGUCGUCCUCUUCCGGGCCUUCACGCGCGAGAAUGCGAUGGAGGGCAUGGCUUGGGCCCAAGCCCAGGCACGCAUCGGCGCGGAUGGUGUCCGCAGCCUCCACCAGAUAUACGCCACGCCGAUAGAGCAGAAGCUGUUCCUGCGGCUGCUCGCUGCAAACGCGUCGUGCCUCCCCGCCGGCUUUGACGUCGAUCGACAGGCCAUUGAGGAGUCAUACAAGCUCUCAGUCAUCUUACCCCUCGGUCCCCUCGACUUCACUUCCAUCGGAAAGCUCAACAACGACGCCGGAUGCUACAUCUGCGGUGCGCCGAAGGCGAGUCGGUGUGGACAGUGCCAGUCCGUGUCGUACUGUUCUCAAGAGUGUCAACGUGCCGACUGGGGCGAGCACAAGCAGACGUGCAAGUCCCUGAAAGGCGGGUCCUGGCGUACUGUCGUCGUCCGUUCAUGCCUUCCCGGCACGGAGGACUUGUACAUGAUCACGUUCAACAAGUACGACCGCCCUCGCAUGGAGGAUGCCGAUGGCAUCCAGAAGCUGAAGGACAUGCCCAUCCCGCCGAACGUGUGGGGCAACAAGCUCUUCCUGCUCAAGUUGCAAGUCGGCCUAGGAGGCACGAGCCCGCAAGACAUCAUGAUGUACGACCGCAAGCGGUCUUUGCGAGUCUUCAUGGUUCCCCUCGACAACCCGGAGGCGUUCAGGGACUUCGUGACGGAGAUGUUGCAGCCGAGCAACCCCUACGGGGGUAUCAAGAUGUAUCGGUGGGCGCGGCGCACGGGCGACUGGGAGUUUAGUAUUUGCAUGGAUCGGGAGCCUACGAUGACGGUGAUGUGGUAG